AUUUCCCUAUAAAGGAGGUAAGGACCUGUUGCGCUCUAAUCGCCAAGCUGCCUUCCCAGAGAGAGAACUGCACGUGGAUUCCCAAAGACUGCAUUCAUCACUGCGCCGAUGGAUUUUAAAGAGUUUGGAGGAGAGUCGUCCGAGGGAGACACGGAGGAUCUGGAUAGCGUGAAAGCACUUACAGAAAAGCUCAAGCUGCAGACUCGCAGACCUUCCUACCUGGAGUGGCAGGAGCGGGUACAGAGUGGACCGUGGAAGGAAGGUUACCCAGCAGCAGACAGCCCGGACUCUGGCGGACAAGAAGUCUCCAUGCCUGCAAUUGUUAGGAAUGAGAACUCAGAGCUGGUUGUGCGCAACAUCUGUGGCUUUGAUACUAUUGAUGAUGCUUUGGAGUUUCUGAGAAAAGAGCUGAGAGAGAUGCAGGUUCAGGACAACCACCUGGCCCGUCAACUGAUCCGUCUGCGUGGGGAGAUCCACCGGCUGAAAGUGGAGCAGGUGUGCGACCGCCAUAAGGAGAUGCUGGACAAUGCCACGUACGAGCUGGAGGAGUGCGGCGAGGAGUCGGACCUGCUGUGUGACAUCCCUAUGAAGGCCGCCUUCGCUCUGUCCACCCCGCUCAAACACCUGGGCCUCACCAAGAUGAACAUCAACUCCAGACGUUUCUCACUGUGUUAAAACCCCAUUAUUAGUGUUUCUGAGGAUGCUCCCAUGCACAGUCAUGUUAUUCAGAGUAGAUAAAACAAGAAGGCUUAGAGCUAGGCUGAAAUGUAAAAGUAGAUAUGGAAUUGGUAUCUUAUACCCAAUAAUUUGGUAGUGUAAAAAGAAAGUUUCACUUGUGCCAAAGAAGUGCUAAACAGAGAACUGAGUUGCUGAAACACUCACUUCAGAAAAUAAGCUUUUUUGUUACAGUCCAGGUAGACGGGGCAGAUCACCUUACAUCAGUGGUUCCCAACAUAGGGGUCAGGGCCCAUACAAGGGGUAGCAGGAUCAAUCUGAGAGGUUGUGAGGCGAUUAACAGGAAAGGAGCCAGAAAACUGUUGUUUCAUGUCAGCUAGUAUUGGCCAUGUUUCAUACUGUCUGGGGACAAAGACAAAUGAAUACAAUGAUUGUAAUGCACAGAAGCAUCAAGGGAAGACGCAGACAGCAGAAAUAGCUUAUCAGUCGUGUGAGUUAAAUGUUCGCCACAUCAGAACUUAUUUGUCAAAGGUGUUUCCAUAUCAAACUUAGCGCAUCAACUCUUUUUCAACAAAGGCAAAAGCCACCUCAAGGGAGUGCAAUUAUAUUUUUGCGCAAUUGACAAACUUUUAUUGAAUUUUGCCCAAACAGCUUUUCAGACGCGAAACUUUAAAAACAGAUGAAUGGAAACACGGCUCUUGUUUCAUUUUAAGAGGUUGGGAAGCACUUCUUUGCAUUACUAGUUUUCUUGGAGUUGACCGAAAUCUAAAAAGUACGAAGGAGUCACGCCGGUCUGAUAAAGGAAAUGUUCAGCAGCACUUUAAAGCAAAAAAAGUCCUUUAAUACAGCAACAUAUUACAGCUGUUGGAGUCUUCAUCAGGCUACUGGCCCUACCACUAUCCUCAAAGGAAGCGGGAGGUCACUCUCCAGCAUUUCUAUGCCUCUUCUUCACGAACCAAAUAUAUCUCCAUAGCCUCACCACUGCAGAGACAGGACCCAGGAGGCUGUGCCUAAAGCAUUUUGUUUUCCAUUACUAUAUAUGGCUGGACAGUGACCAAGUAUAUUCUGUUGCUCAAAGUUAAACUGUUUUAUUAUAUAGCUUAAUAUGAUUAGAAACAGCAAGUAGGAAGUCAUAGAUCUUUUUGUUGAGUGAUAUUUGGCAUUGCUUGUAACUGUGUUAAAUGUAAAAAAAAAAAAAAGUUGAAUCAUGCUACUGUAAUAUGAAUGUAUCUAUUUGACAAAUAAGUAUAAAAGAAAAAUGCCUUUAAAAAAACAAACACAUCACAAUAUUAAAGAGACUACCAUAUCUA